CGGCUUUUUUUUUCUUCUUUCUUCUCUUAUCCUUUGGAAUCGCUAGUCAAUGGUGAUGAGGCCGAUUACGAACAAAGGAUUAAUUUACAGACACAAUCUUUGUCUGAGAUGUAAUUCUACGCUUGCUGUCUCUAACCACAAGCCCAUUACCCAGAAAACACGAAACUUUCUGGAGACGACGACGAGCACAGCUAUCUUUCAAUGCAAUUCUCAGAUUUCGAAGCUCGCGAGAAAUGGGAAUCUACAAGAAGCUGAAGCUAUAUUUAGACAGAUGUCGAAUAGAAGUAUUGUCUCUUGGAAUGCGAUGAUUUCUGCUUACGCGGAGAAUGGGAAAAUGAGUAAAGCAUGGCAAGUGUUCGAUGAAAUGCCUGUGAGAGCUACAACUUCUUAUAAUGCUAUGAUUACUGCUAUGAUUAAAAACAAGUGUGAUUUAGGGAAAGCUUAUGAAUUGUUUUGUGAUAUACCGGAGAAGAAUGCGGUUUCUUAUGCGACGAUGAUUACCGGUUUCGUACGGGCAGGGAGGUUUGACGAGGCGGAAUGUUUGUAUGCUGAGAUACCUGUGAAGUUUCGUGAUCCUGUUGCUUCGAAUGUUUUGUUAAGUGGGUAUUUGAGAGCAGGGAAAUGGAAUGAGGCUGUUCGUGUUUUUGAGGGUAUGGCUGUGAAAGAAGUGGUAUCAUAUAGCUCAAUGAUUGAUGGGUUUUGCAAAAUGGGGAGAAUUGUUGAUGCUAGAAGUCUUUUUGAUAGAAUGCCUGAGAGAAAUGUGAUUACUUGGACUGCUAUGAUUGAUGGUUAUUUUAAAGCUGGGUUUUUUGAAGAUGGGUUUGGUCUGUUUCUGAGAAUGAGACAGGAGGGAGAUGUCAGGGUUAAUUCUAAUACUUUGGCUGUCAUGUUUAGAGCUUGUCGAGAUUUUGUCAGAUACCGAGAGGGAAGUCAGAUUCAUGGGGUAGUUUCACGUAUGCCUCUCGAGUUUGAUCUGUUUUUAGGGAAUUCAUUGAUUUCAAUGUACUCUAAGCUUGGUUAUAUGGGUGAGGCCAAAGCAGUGUUUGGCGUAAUGAAAGAUAAAGACAGUGUUUCUUGGAAUUCCUUGAUCACUGGUCUUGUUCAGCGCGAACAGAUUUCUGAAGCUUAUGAACUUUUCGAGAAGAUGCCGGAUAAAGAUAUGGUAUCCUGGACAGAUAUGAUCAAAGGAUUUUCUAAGAAAGGAGAAAUCUCUAAAUGUGUAGAGUUGUUUGGAAUGAUGCCUGAGAAGGACGACAUAACAUGGACUGCUAUGAUAUCUGCUUUUGUUAGCAAUGGAUAUUAUGAGGAGGCGCUUAGCUGGUUUCAUAAGAUGCUUCGGAAAGAGGUUUGUCCAAAUUCUUACACUUUCAGUAGUGUUCUCAGCGCAACAGCUAGUUUGGCGGAUUUAAUUGAAGGACUACAGAUCCACGGUAAAAUUGUGAAGAUGAACAUGGUGAAUGACUUGUCGGUUCAGAAUUCAUUGGUAUCUAUGUAUUGCAAAUGCGGGAACACAAAUGAUGCUUACAAGAUCUUCUCAUGCAUCAGUGAGCCCAAUAUUGUUUCUUAUAACACGAUGAUCAGUGGGUUUUCCUAUAAUGGUUUCGGGAAGGAAGCUCUUAAAUUGUUCUCCAUGUUGGAAAUUACAGGAAAAGAGCCGAAUGGUGUUACCUUUCUUGCUCUGUUAUCAGCUUGUGUUCAUGUUGGAUACGUAGACUUAGGAUGGAAAUACUUCAAAUCAAUGAAAUUCUCGUACAACACUGAACCAGGACCUGAUCAUUAUGCAUGCAUGGUUGAUCUUCUUGGCAGAAGUGGAUUACUUGAUGAAGCAUAUAACUUGAUCUCUACAAUGCCUUGUGAGCCACAUUCUGGGGUUUGGGGCAGCUUGCUUAGUGCAAGCAAAACUCAUUUACGUGUCGAUCUAGCAGAGCUUGCUGCUAAGAAAGUAAUCGAACUUGAGCCUGAUAGCGCAACACCUUACGUGGUAUUGUCCCAGCUAUAUUCAAUUGUUGGGAAAAACAGAGAUUGUGAUCGGAUAAUGAAUAUCAAGAAAUCGAAAAGAAUAAAGAAGGAUCCCGGGUCUAGCUGGAUAAUCUUAAAGGGUCAAGUACAUAAUUUCCUUGCAGGAGAUGAAUCUCAUCUGAAUCUUGAAGAGAUAGCUUUCACACUGGAUAUGAUUGGAAAGGAAAUGGAAUUAAUUAGUGUCAACCAUGGAAACAGUUUACAGUGAAGCAACAUGCAAGAACAUGGUUUUCACUUCAUCAACCGAGAGCAAGAAGCUCACUUGGUCACCUUGUAAAACCGAAUGUCUCUCAAGUUUGUCCUCCUAGCACUAACCAAAGAUGAACUGUGAGCUCCUGAAUCCUCCUUCUAUGAAUCAGUUUUAUGUUUCCGAUUUAAAUUUGGCAUAUUUCACACAUAGGUGCAUCCAAUAAUUGAUGGGUUUGUCUAUACAUAUAUUGUUCACAGUAAAGUGGUGUAGAGGUU